AUGGAAACAAGGGCCGGGGGAAUGGGCUCGUCGGGUUGGGCCGUUGAGAGGAAAGUGAGAGUGGCCACAACGUCGGUGAUCAAUGGGCGCACGGAAGGUUCUUCUUGCAAGCACAUUGAGGCUAUCCCAACAGCUUGGUUCAAGUGGGUCAGCCAUGUCAGGGAACCUCUUCGGGUCUCUGAAAAUCGGUUGCGCCUGCGAAGAAAACAAGUUGUCGAAGUCUCGGUAGAUGAUGGGAGGAUUGGCCUUCUCGUGAAGGUACUCAAGGCCUCGAGCCACCCCACAAGCUAUGGCCAUUCUUGUUGA